AUGCCUUUUACGGGUGUUCGCGUUUGGCUAGACUUUGUGACGGAGGCGGAGGAAACAGCGCUCGUCGCCCAGAUGGAUGCCUGGCCCUGGACCGACUCGCAAUCGGGUCGCCGGAAGCAGGAUUUUGGUCCGAAAGCCAAUUUUAAGAAGAAAAAAGUCAAGGCAGCCAACUUUACCGGGCUGCCAGCGCUGGCUCGCCCGCUCAUCCCACGGCUACAAGCGCUGACUGCUGAUCUCAAGGAUUUUGUUCCCGUGGAACAGUGCCACCUCGACUACGAGCCGAGCCGCGGAGCCGCAAUCGUGCCUCACUUUGACGAUUUUUGGCUCUGGGGAGAACGUCUCAUCACGCUCAACCUACUCUCGACUACCUUUCUCUGCUUCCAGCUGCCUGAUGAACCGGAUGCCCUGGAGAUUGCCGUGCCUCUGCCGCCACGCAGCCUGCUGGAGGUCAAGGGAGUGGCGCGGAUGGCCUGGCAUCAUGCAGUCCAUCGGCAAGACGUUUCCCAGCGUCGCAUCGCCAUGACCUGGCGGGAGUUGACGCCCGAAUUUCUUUCGGGGGAGCGACAAGCAGAAGGUCACGCGCUCUUGGACCUGGCUGCUACCUACACCGGUUUACCCAUGUGA